AUGACGAGUCAGCCCACGCCAACGCCCCAGGCACCAAACCUCGAUUUAUAUGUAGUCAUACACGUGGCUACGACGUGCGACGAACAUGGCGUAUAUGUGACCAAGGAUUCUGCCGAGGUGAUAGAGUUGGGGUGGAUUCUGCUAGACGCCAAGUCGUGUGAAGAGCUUCACCGUGAGAGUGUUUUGGUGAAACCCGUACACACGCCCAUCACCGCACUAUGCACCAGCCUGACUACCCUGACCUAUGAUCAGGUCCGGAACGCCGGCUCCUUUCGUGACGCAAUCGAACGCUUUUCAGCAUUUGCUUCCGAACACAUCACGCCCAAGAACAAGGAAUUCGCCUUCGUCACGCUCGACUCGUGGGAUCUUCGCGUACAGCUGCCUCGCGAGGCUCGCGACAAGGCCGUGGUCCUUCCCCCCUAUCUCCAACACUCCCGCACUUUCGACCUGCGGACAGAGUAUCAGAGGUGGCAGGCCCACCAUCCUGAGUCUCUGCCGUUUGGCUCGAGUGCAUUGACCAACAUCUGCGCCGCCUUGGAAGUGGAGCCUGUGCAAUCGUCGGCCCCGAUCAAGCACAACCUUCCUUUCCACUUGCAGGCACUCGCCCCCGCUUCGCCGCGCCGUGCCAUGGAAGAGGCAGUCACACUUGCCAGAGUUCUUCGUGGAUUGAUCCGCAAAUCGCAACCACCUCAGGAUCACCCUGACGUGCUCACCAAACCAAUGGACGCCAGAGCUGACGUGCGUGCUUUUCUCUCCGAACGUAGCAAGGUCCUCCACAUGAGCGGCUUGCCCCACGACACCACCCAGUCCGAGCUCGAGAGCUGGUUCACGCAGUUUGGCGGCCGACCUAUUGCCUUCUGGACUCUGCGCACUCCCGACCAGCACAAGCCUACAGGAACUGGCUUUGCCAUCUUCUCGUCCCAUGAAGAGGCCGCUGAAAGUCUCUGUAUGAAUGGACGCGCCUUGAACGAGAAGGCAAUCGAGGUCUCCCCUUCCUAUAGCCGUGUCCUUGACCGCGCCGCCGAGAUCAUCACACCCUUUCCACCCAGCAAGAACCGUCCCCGCCCUGGCGACUGGAAUUGCCCGUCUUGUGGGUUCUCCAACUUCCAGCGUCGUACGGCCUGCUUCCGAUGCUCCUUUCCUGCCAUGCAGCAGGGCCCACCUGGGGGCGAUCCCAUGGGCUACGGCGGAUAUGGAUACAAUGGCGGUCAUCCGGGCAUGAUGGGGCCUCCCCAACAUCACAUGGGCGGUCACGGUCACGGUCAUGGCAUGGGCGGUGGAGGACAUGUGCGUGGCGGUACCGGCGUCGUUCCGUUCCGUGCUGGUGACUGGAAGUGUGGUGAAAAUGGUUGCGGUUAUCACAACUUUGCCAAGAACACGGCUUGCUUGCGUUGUGGUGCCAGCCGUGCCGGGGCUGCUGUUGUCGCUGACUCUGCGUUCCCCUCCCCAAUGGACACGCCCUCGAGCUUCGGUAUGGGCCCUCCUUCGAUGGGUGGCACCCCUGGUGCAGGUCCCUAUGGUCCCGCUGGCUAUGGUGCUGGUGGCUAUCCGGCUCAGCAAUAUGGCGGACCCCCAAGUCAGUACGCUCUUCCCUCUGGCAUGGGUGCUGCUAGCCCGUACCCUCCCAUGGGCGCUCAAUAUGUGCCCAAUGGCGGUAUGCACUCGACGCCCUUUGAUAGCCGCUCUGCUGAGGCUGCCUUCUCUUCUGCGGAUCCCUACCCCAACCAGGGUGCCCCCAACGGCGGUGAUGGCCGGAAUGAUCCCUUUUCAUUCUUGUCGACCGGCUUCGGCUCGCUCUCGAUGAACGAUGACCGUCGCAAUGUCACGAAUCCUGCCAACAAGUCUCCGGCAUAG